UUAAACUUCUGAUCAAAAAUGAGUUUUUACGAUGAAAAACUUAAAAUUUGGAGCAGUGAUCAAUUUCCACCGAUUUAUAAUCCUAAAGCCAGUGUUGGUCAAUUACUUUUGCACAGUUUGAAAAGGAACUCAAGUAAAAUUGCUGAAAUAAGUGAUACUUAUUCAACCAAAUAUACAUUUAAUGAUAUAUUGACGAGAAGUAUUCAAGCUGCAAAUCAUUUAAAAGCUUGUGGAGUCAAAAAAGGCGACAUUUGUUCCGUUAUCAGUCGAAAUAAUCCAGAUUUGGCUCCUGUGAUGUUUGGAUGUUUCUUUCUCGGAGCUACAAUUAACACUUUGGAUGUUUCCUUUGACCAAAAAGAUCUCGAUCAUAUGCUGGGAUUAACGGAACCAAAGUUCAUCUUUGCUGAGGAAGAUGUUUUAGUAAAAGUUAAAGUUGCUUUAGAACGAUUAGAAUUGAGUUCAAGGAUCUUUUGCUUUUCAAACCUUGAAAAUAUUGAAAGUAUCCAGAAUUUUUUUAAAAAUCCAAUUUCACAAGAAGAGAUAGAUGACUUUGUUCCCACUCAAAUCAGUGACACAGAAAAUCACAUUGGAAUCAUAAUUUGUUCCUCUGGCACCACAGGUUUAAGUAAAGGAGUUUGCCUAUCGGAAGCAGUUCUUGUUGCUCAAUUAUUGAGAGCUUUUCCUUCAAUAUCGAACGAUACAAUUCUCGCUUUCAGUUCUGUGUAUUGGAUUACCGGAAUGGUAACUUUACUUCAAGGAACGAUAGAUGGCGCUGUUCGAAUUAAUACUUGCGAACCUUUUACGCCAGAAUACUUUUUCAAGUUGGUUCAAAAGUACGAAAUAACUCGAACAUUUCUCACGCCAGCACAAAUAGUAUCUUGUCUCGAACACAAAGACAUGUCAAAAGCUAAUCUUUCGACCUUGAAGAUGUGCAUGACUGGAGGAAGUCUCAUACUGGAAGAUAUUCGAUCUCGUUUCGAAUCAUUUUUACCAAAAAAUGCUAAAGUUGUUACACUUUAUGGCAUGUCUGAAUUAGGAGCUUGUUUAACUUGGAACUUUAAAAAAAUUAAACCAAAUUCCGUUGGAGUUUUAAUUAAUCAACAUUCCGCCAAAAUAAUUGACGAAGAAGGAAAUUCCCUUUCACCAAACGAAAAAGGUGAAAUUUGCAUAAAAUGUCCUUAUAAAUUUCUUGGAUACUUUAACAACCCUGAGGAAACUAAAGGACUUACCGAUUCCCAAGGAUGGAUGCAUUCCGGAGACCUUGGAUACUUCGACAACGAUGGAUAUCUCUUCAUUUCUGGAAGGAAAAAGGAAGUUAUUAAAUACAAAAAUUACCAAAUAGCUCCUGGUUACAUUGAAUCUGUAGUUCAAGAGAAAACAGGUCUUGCUCAAAUCUGCGCUGUCGCUGUUGAAGAUCUUAAAAAUGGCACUGACUUACCUUCCGUUGUUAUAGUUCGUCCAUCUAACUUUGAAUUAUCUGAAAAACAAAUAAUUGAAAUACUGAAUGAAAAUUUGACUGAAAUGAAAACACUUCGAGGCGGCAUCUACUUCGUUGACAGUCUCCCGAUGACGCCAUCCGGAAAGGUUCAACGACGCAUCGUCAAAGAAAUUGCAAACAAUUUGUACAAAAUGAACAAAAAGUAAAAAGCGUGUAAAAUGAAAUACUUUCGUAACACAUUCCACACAACAAAAUAUGUUGAGGAUGUGGUUUCGAGUUCUUCUUGUUUAAGUGAAUAUUUUUCCAAAUAAAAUGCAUGAAAAUGUGUUAAAAAGUUAAA